UAGUUACAAUAAUGUUGUUCUUGUUCUUUCAUAAGUCGAGUGUUAAAUUUAAUAUAUGAUAGUAGUGAAUUUAUAAUUAAGCAAAUGGCCAAUUUAAUUAAGGAUAUAGAAAUCAAGGAAGAUUUCCCAAAAUCUUUAUUGUUGGAUAAACAUGUUCAGUUUAUUUCUAGUUACGGAGUGAACAAAGAAGAAUAUGAAUACUGCAUGACAGAAUACCUACGAAUGUCAGGCUUAUAUUGGGGUGUUGCAUCGCUGGCCCUUAUGGACAAAAUAGAUAGCUUAAGUCGAAAGGAGGUGAUUGAUUUUGUUAAAGAAUGCCAAUGUUCUGAAACUGGGGUUUGUGCUAGCCAAAAACACGAUCCCCAUUUACUUUACACGUUGAGCGCUAUACAGAUAUUGACAAUGUAUGAUGCUUUAAAUGAAAUAGACCUUGAAGGUGUCGUUCGCUACGUUACUUCGCUUCAACAAAAUGAUGGCAGUUUUACAGGUGACAAAUGGGGUGAAGUUGAUACCAGAUUCUCAUUUUGUGCAGUAGCUUGCCUUUCACUUAUCAAUAGGCUAAAUGAGAUAAAUCUUGCGUUAGCUGUUAAAUUUGUAUUAACAUGUAUGAACUUUGACGGCGGUUUUGGCUCGAGACCUGGAUCUGAAAGCCAUGCAGGACUAAUCUAUUGUUGCGUGGGAUUUUUGUCAAUCACACAGCAACUUCAUCAUGUUGAUGGCGAUCUACUUGGUUGGUGGUUAUGUGAAAGACAAUUAGAGUUAUCAGGAGGACUUAAUGGUCGACCAGAAAAGCUUCCGGAUGUUUGUUAUUCCUGGUGGGUGGUGGCGUCGCUGACAAUGCUUGGAAGACAGCACUGGAUCGAUGCUAAAAAAUUGCGCAAUUUUAUUUUUUCAUGCCAGGAUGCUGAGUCUGGAGGAUUUAGUGACAGACCAGGUGAUGUGCCUGAUCCCUUCCACACUCUAUUUGGAUUGGCGUCAUUAUCGUUAUUGGAAGAUGAAAAUAUUCUACCUGUAAAUCCAACAUAUUGCAUGCCUGAAUAUUCUUUAAAAAACAUUAGUAAACCUCAAAGACUUACAAUUGACAUAUAG